GUGUUUGGUCACCAGAGAUCUCCCUCCAUGGAGUUCAAGGAACUGACAAAGAAGGAUGCACAAGUGCAGCUAGCACAUGAAUUGCAGAAGUUGACAAACACAUGCCAGGCCCAGCUCAAAGAAACCACACAGAAAGAUUUUGAGGGCUUUGAAAAGCUCUUCAGCCGUUUUAUCAAUGAGGUUGGACCAUCAGUUGAAUGGGAUCACAUCCAGAAACUGCAUGAUGGAGCUGUACGGAAAUAUUCUGAGCUAUGUGGACCAGAUUCGUCCCGUGCUCGAGACAUGCUCAACAAGUUAGUUGUGGUGAAACUGAAUGGUGGCCUGGGUACAUCUAUGGGGUGUCAGGGUCCAAAAUCCAUCAUCCCUGUGCGUUCAGAAUUGACUUUCCUUGACCUUACUGUACAACAAAUUGAACACCUAAAUAAGACGUAUGGUUGUGACGUGCCACUUGUACUGAUGAACUCCUUCAACACUGAUGAAGACACACAGAAGGUCAUCCGCAAGUAUCAGGGAUUUCAGGUAAAAACAUACACUUUCAACCAGUCUAGGUACCCACGUAUCAAUAAGGAAUCUUUGAUGCCAAUUGCCAAGACUUGCAGCGUUGAAUCUGAUUUGGAGGCGUGGUAUCCUCCUGGUCACGGUGACUUCUAUCAAUCAUUCAAGAACUCUGGACUUUUGCAAGAGUUCAUCAACCAGGGCAAAGAAUAUGUCUUUAUCAGUAACAUCGACAACUUGGGAGCAACAGUUGAUCUCAACAUUCUCAACUUCCUUCUUGGUGGUGACAAUAGUGGACACUGUGAGUUUCUGAUGGAGGUUACAGACAAGACGAGGGCUGAUGUUAAGGGUGGUACCUUGAUCCAGUAUGAUGAUAAAUUAAGAUUGCUUGAGAUUGCCCAGGUUCCAAAGGAGCAUGUUGAUGAUUUCAAGUCUGUCAAGACUUUCAAGAUCUUUAACACCAAUAAUUUGUGGAUUAAAAUUGAGGCAAUUGACCAAAUUCUAAGUGAAGGCACAAUGGACAUGGAAGUAAUUAUAAAUAACAAGACGCUCGAUAAUGGUUUCAACAUUAUUCAGUUGGAGCAGGCUGUUGGAGCUGCCAUAAAAUGCUUCAAUGGAUCAAUUGGUAUCAAUGUACCUCGCUCAAGGUUCUUGCCAGUGAAAAAGACAGAUGACCUGCUGCUAGUUAUGAGCAAUCUUUACAAUCUGCAGUAUGGAACUUUAGCCAUGUCACCCCUGCGUAUGUUUGAUACAACUCCAUUGGUCAAACUUGGCCCCAACCACUUUGGCAAAGUUAAGGAGUUCCUCAAAAGGUUUGCUUCAAUUCCUGAUAUGUUAGAACUGGAUCACUUAACUGUGUCAGGCGAUGUGACAUUUGGCAAAGGAGUUGUUCUCAAGGGCACAGUGAUCAUCAUAGCCAACCACGGAGAUCGUAUUGACAUCCCUCCAGGUGCCAUCUUGGAAAAUAAAAUUGUCUCUGGAAACUUGCGAAUUUUGGACCAUUAGAGGAGCCCAUAAUUGCCAACCACUUCCGUAUUCUUGUUUUUUCUUUCACUUUUCAUGUUAUGUAUUGUAAAUAAUGUUCUUGUUAGAAUGUAAUGAGAGUUGAUUUAUGAUAUGAUGAUAACAUGAAUCUUUUAAGAAACAUCACUGCUGUUUUGUUUGUAAAAGCUUUUAUCACUUUUUUUUAUAACCACUCUUUAUAUAUCUAAAAUACACACACACACCACACACCACACCACACCACACCACACCACACCACACCACACCACACCACACUACACUACACCACACCACACCACACCAAGCAUGUAUAUUGAUACAUAUGCACAUUGUGUAUAUGAUUUUACCAUUUAGUUUCUGUGAUGUGGCUAGUAGCAGUGAGUGCCAAAAUUCAGUGCAAUAACCUCAUGAAUCAAACAGGGCAUUGAUCCUAAAAUGUGAAUACUAUCAUGCAUUUAAAAAUGUUGUAGUUGUAUCUUACAACAAUGAUGUAUUACACGCUGCACAAUGGAUAAUAAAGAUGCAUUUCGUGUCUGAACAGUUUCUGUGGCAUUACCCUAUAUCCUCAGAAGUUGUACCAUUCUCAUAUAGAAGAAAAUUUAAGUUAUCUUGUUCAUAUUGUGUGAAAUUAAAAGGUACAGUAAAACCGACUGGUGAGAAAAACAACAACUCGGUUUGUGCAGAAUGUCCAAAGGGGUUAAAGUUAAAAAGGACAUUUACUACAGAUGUUCUUGUAGUGUGAUCUGAAUGGAAUGUAAUAUUUUUAUAACUGAUUGUCAUAGUAAGCAAUUUCUUUUGCCAAGUCUGCUUUGUAAUUUUAUGUUACUGUUGUCAUAAUUUGAUUAGACUGGCGAUAAUUAGAAAAGACUGGAAAA